AUGUCGGACAAGGACUUCGGAGGGAACGAUGACCUGUCGCUACCCAAGGCGACCGUACAGAAGAUAAUAUCUGAGAUACUUCCACAAUUGCCGCACGACCCCAACGCGUCCGGCGGUGACAAAGGUGAAAUGACUUUUACGCGACCUGCGCGCGAUCUUCUGAUCUCUUGCUCCCUCGAAUUUCUCCGCAUGUUGUCGUCCGAAUCGAACGACAUCUCAGAGAAGGAGUCCAAGAAGACCAUCAGCGUCGAGCAUGUCGAACAGGCAUUGACCGACCUCGGUUUCGGCACCUAUAUUGAUGGCUGCAGAGGCGUUGUUGGAGAGUGGCAAGAAGUUCAAAAGAAGCGCGUUGGCAGAGGCGAGAAGAUGCGUAACUUUGGGGGAUUCGACAAGAUGGGCGAGGACGAGUUGCGCAAGAUGCAAGAAGCUCUACUAGGUGAAGCUCGGGGUCGAAUGGAGGGUGGAAGCGAGGCACAGUGA